AUGGCCAAAGAAAUGUCCAUGACCUCUCGCACCGGCACAGCGAACCAACGCUAUGGAACCAAGGGCGAGAGACUGGUCGCCGGCGUUGUCCCCCUGUCUGCAGACAAGACCCGAGUUCUACUGAUCCAGUCCUCCCGCCGGAAUGGCUGGGUCCUUCCCAAAGGCGGCUGGGAACUGGACGAGGCUUCGGCGUCAGUUGCCGCUGUCCGAGAGGCGUGGGAGGAAGCUGGGAUCAUUUGCAAGGUCGAAAGAGACCUAGGUCACAUUCCGGAUACGAGACCAACAACUGCCGUCACGAAACACGCGCCUAAAGCAAGUUACCACUUCUUUGAAGCCAUCGUGACUGAGGAAAAAGACAAUUGGCCCGAGAAAAACAAGAGAUCUAGGCAAUGGUAUGCUUAUGCACAAGCAGUUCAGCUGUUGAACUCCCGGCCCGAGUUGUUGGAAGCGUUGAGGAGGAGUUCGGUCAAGAAAUGA